CUGAUUUUGCGGGAAAACGAAAGUAAAUAUUCAGCAAAAUGGGCACUAUCGACGAAAUGUAUCUGGAAAACUUAGACGAGUGGGUCAAUGAUGAAAAUCAAAUAGUCACAUUCAAAAAGUUAAGUUUAGGUUUAAAAGUUCAUGUGAAUAAAGCAAAACAGAUGUUAUAUUCUUUUGUUCAACAUCAAAGAAACAAUAAAGACAAUGAUCAUUUGUUUGUGACAUAUUUUGUUGCUGGCUUGUCACAUCCUGUUGUUGGAGUUAAGUCAUUGAAAUGUAUGGUUGUUCCUGAGGAAAACAUCGAAGCAUUUAAAUCAACAUUAUCUGUGGUUACAAGUUCCCAUAUCUACAGCGUCGGUAGAUCCAAGGUCAAGGAUGAUAACAAAUUAUACCUAGCUGACUAUGACUCUAUACAUACAGAUAGUACAACAAAUACAGACAUAUUUAAAUUUAGCUCAAUAAAAUAUCCAAAAGCAAAACUUAGAUCAGAUGCAGAGGUUGAAUCACAGAAAAGGUAUAGAACUGAACCUACAACAUCAAAACAGGUUAAUGGUACUUCAAAACAGAAUGGAGAAAACGGCCAUGUCUCUCAAAAACCUAAACAGAAUGGAGAAAACAGUAACGUCUCUCAGAAACCAGCAGAGAAACCUCAGAAAAAAGGAGGAAUUGCUGGAAUGUUUGCUAAUCAAGCAAAAAAGACCAAGUCACCAGAGAAAGACACAAAAGAGGUGAAAGAAGAACACUCCAAAGACAGUAAGAAGAAUACAAAGGAAUCAUCAAACAAAAAAGGAGGAGUUAUGGCAUUCUUUUCAAAACAGACAGCAAAAGCAAAUGAAAAGCCAUCAGAGCCAGUUAAGAAGGAUAAAUUAGUGAAGUCUGAACCAGAAGAUAAACAAGAAACAAUAAAAAAAGAACCCUCACCAGCAAAAAGGCAAGUACCUGACAAAGGCAAAGGUAAAAGGUCAAAAUCUGGACCAGACUCUGAUGAUGAUAGUCAAAAGAAAAGAAGAAGAAUAAAAGCUGUGUUAAUAGACAGUAGUAGUGAAGAAGGGUAUACAAUAACCUUGUUAAUAGACAGUAGUAGUGAAGAAGAAAUGGAUUAUGAAAGUCCCAUACCUAGUCCAGUUAGGGAACCAUCACCUGCUCCAGAGUCCCCUGUGCCAAAGGAAGUGGAGAAAGAAAGCCCUGAAAAAGAUUCACCAGAGAAAACAACAUCCACAAAUAUUGGCGAGAGAAAGAGGAAAAGGAGGAGAAAAUUAGUCCCUAAAACAUUUAUGGAUGAUGAUGGAUAUAUGGUGACAGAAAAGGUUUGGGAAAGUGAAUCAACAGAUGCAUCAGAGACAGAGCCUCCACCUCCUAAGAAACCUCAAGAAAAACUAACAAAGCAACAGUCGCCACAGAAAAAGAAAGCCUCACCAAAGAAAAAAUCACCACCAUCUGCAGGAAGUAGGAAGCAAGCAGCAUUGACUAAUUUCUUUAAAAAGAAAUAAGUUUGAGAUUACAGUGUAAUUUAUAGAAUGUUGUUUUACAAAGUGCUAUUUCUUGAUGAAUUUAAAUUCGCUAUUUCUUGAGGAACAUUAAGGUGGAUUUAUACAAACUAUUAAAGCAGAUACAUUUUGAAUAUCAGAUAUCUACACUAUUUAAAAGUUUAUUUGAAAUAUUGCGUUUCACAAAUUUGAAAUCAUCUGGUGUUUACAUAUAGAAAUUAGCUACUAGUAUGUUAUUGAUAUUACUGUGAGAUCUCUUAAUUUAUUACUGUAUUUUUGAAUGAAUUAUAAUAUUAUAAAUGAAAAUUAAAUAAAAGUAUGAUGCUAA